AUGGCGUGUUCAGUCGAGGCGUGCCGCGCGCACCCGUUGUACCGUUACGCAGUUUCCCGCCAUAAGGACGCCAUGCUGCUGAUAAUGCUGGCCGCAGUUGCGGCGGUUGGCGCGAUGCCCUCCUACAUAGCGGUGCCGGCAGACCAGAUCGCUUUCGUGGACCUGUCUGCGCUGAGGGCUAGACGCGUGCCCCGCCAGACCUUGGAGCCACCGCUGCCUCAGGGCAUAUACGAACAGGACUAUCAGCCGAUACCCGUGCAGCGAUAUCAGCAGCAACCGAUAGGUCUCGCACCGCCGCCGCCCGAGUCGCCAGCGAGGCUCGUCCAAAUACAGCCCCAAGUUAGGGAUUCGGCCUCUGCACAGAUCGUAGAAGCGGCACAGUACGCGGAGAAACCACCAGACUUCGGCGAAUACGUCGACUUUGGCGCCCACACAGGGGACAACGGCGCUUUCGGCUGGUACGCUGACUACCCGGUAAACAACCAGGAGGACACCUCGUACAGGAAG